AUGAUUAGUGAAAUUGUCAGAGACUUGGAAAAAAUUAAAUACGUAUGUAUUACAGCAGAUUGUUGGAGCAUAUUUCACAGGUAAUAAUAUAUAAUAUAAUAUAAUUAUAUUUUAUGUAGAUAAAUUAAAUUUUUAUUUUGAUUAUUUUAGAUCAUACAUAGGAUUUACAAUCCACUGGAUUAAUCCUUUGACAUUGGAAAGAUGUUCUAAAGCACUAGCUUGCAGGCGAAUGAUAGGAAGACUCACAUAUGAUAAUAUUGCAGAAUCAAUAGACAAAGUGCUCAAUGAAUUUAAAAUUCAAAAUAAAACAACUUUAAUAGUCACAGACAAUGCUGCAAAUUUUGUAAAAAGUUUUAGGUAAGUAGGUAUUUUUUUUAUACUCAAUAAUUUUCCAUUGUUAAAUUUGAUUUAUAUUUUACAAGAACUUCUACUAAUUACUAGAGGCCAGAUUUCUAUGUCCUCGUAAAGAUUAAAAAAAAAUGUUUUAUGCAGUUAAAAUUAAGAAAUAAUUUCUCAUAUGUUACUUUGAGUUUUCCUUCAAAAUAAGCUUUUACUAAAACAGAAAAUGAAUAUUUUGGUUUUUAACUGUUUCAAAAAUACAAACUAUUAACUUUUUAUGUUAAUUACUUUAAAUAAAUUUAACCAACAACUUUAAAAAAAUCUAGUUGAUAGGUAUUUCAUUCAUAAUAUUGUUAAUAAAUUCUAAAUGCAUAUUGAUAUCAGUUAAAUUUUUAAAAUAUUUAAAUUAGAUUUAAUUAUUAAAAUAAUUUAAGAUGAAAAAUAAAUCAAUGGGAUAUUACUGUUUGCUUUUUUGGUUAAUAAAUAUUAUAUAAUCAAAAUAUAAUCUCAAUUUCAUUAUUUUAUAGAGUAUACAGUAAAAAUGAUAAUGAUUCUGCUACAAAUGAUGAUAUUGAUUUAACUGGGGCUAUUGAAGUCUCUGUUGAAAUCACUAAUGCUCUUAGUUCAGAACAGAACAUUGAUCAACUUCUGAAUAUAUCAUUGCCCCCACACCAACGUUGUUCGGCUGACACAUUAAACUUAAUAGCAUCUGUUGAUAUUCAAGAAGCUGAAAAAGAUUUUGCAUAUAGGACCAUAAGCCUAAAAGUGUUUAAAAAAUGUCAAGCGAUUUUCAACAAGCAAAAUCAGUCUACAUUAAGUGCAGAUAUAAUUAAAAAUCAUCUUGGACGGUAUCUCAUCACACCGAAUGCCACCAGGUAUCUCUGUACUAGUUUCAAUAAACUAUAUAUUAUUCAAGAAUAA